GCUCGUGAGCGUGAAAGAGAGUAAGCGCAAUGUGUGCGAAGAGAGCGAUAUGACAAUCAGUUGGUGCCGAGUUUUUGCUUCGUGAGCAGGUGGGCCGCGCAUCGCGCUAUUUGUCGUAUAAGAAUCGCCUCUUAAACAAUAUGAAAAAAUUCCAAUAGCCCGAAAGCAAAAGGCACUUGAUAAUAUAAAUCGCGGCGCAUGCUACGCCCACGCGUUCGAGUUCAGUGCAGCGAAAACAAGCAACAACCAAAAGCCAAAAAGGCAACAACAACGACCAGUGAUAAGAAAGAGAAUUAAAUACAAAAUUAACGUGAAAAGAAAUCUGUCGACUAAAAAAGAAAAAUAAAUGUAUAAAAGAUAGAAAGCAAUCGUAAUAUGUGUGUUAAUGCUGACAAGUCAAAAGAAAAACGUUGAAGAAGUGAAAGACGCGAAAAAUAAUAAAUCUUAAACAAAAAAAAGUGAAGAAAAGCAGCCGUUAAAGUGACUGUUAACAGUGACUGGAAAAAGUAGACAUCACGUGCUCACAGCGCUGGCCACGUGGUCAAGUCCAAUGGCCCAGUCGACGCCGGGAGCAGGAGCAGCCGAAGUGACGACGACGAAGCCGACGACGACAACAACAACUGCAAGAACAACGAGUGGCAAAACGAAGCUGUCGUUGACCUCAUCCUUAUACUCAUCCUCGUCUGGAUCAAGCUCAUCAUUUCAUCAGUUUGAAACGCGCUCGUAAUUGCAACAAUUCAAUUUAAGCUCGAAUCGAAUUAAAUUCGCUGCUGCUGCUGUUCAUCCGUAGUCGUUUUCGUCAUCAACCGCCGUAUAUUUGUAGCUGUAUCUGUAUCUGUAUCUGUGUAUCUGUAUCUGUAUCUGAGUGUGUGUGUAUCUGUGUGUCUGCGCCGCCAGCAGCAGCAGCAGGCAUGAAUAGCAAAUGAAUUCAAACCCGGCAAACAAAAGAAAAUGCAUCUUAAGUGAACUUCCUGCGUUGACAACAAACAUAACAGUCAACACAACAACAACAACAAGCGGGAGGUGGAGGUGGAGGAGGCAACGAAGCUUUAGCCAAUUACCGCAACAACCAAAAACACCAACAAUAAGCAGAAGAAGAAGACACUGCAAUGGCUGCCUCGACAUCAACGCCACAAAACUACAAAGUGCCAUCGACAAGCAAAAUAUCCGUGGAUAAACUUUUACGAGUCGGUUACUAUGAGCUGGAGAAGACAAUUGGCAAGGGCAACUUUGCCGUUGUCAAGCUGGCCACAAACAUUGUGACCAAAACAAAGGUGGCCAUCAAGAUCAUUGAUAAGACGUGCCUCAAUGAGGAAUACUUAAGUAAGACUUUCCGGGAGAUUGCAAUAUUAAAAUCGCUGCGUCAUUCGCAUAUAACACGCCUCUAUGAGGUGAUGGAAUCACAGUCAAUGAUCUAUCUGGUGACAGAGUAUGCGCCCAACGGAGAGAUCUUUGAUCAUCUGGUGGCCAAUGGACGCAUGAAGGAACCGGAGGCAGCACGUGUCUUUACCCAGCUCAUCUCGGCGGUGCAUUAUUGUCAUUUGCGUGGUGUGGUGCAUCGUGAUCUCAAGGCGGAGAAUGUCCUGCUCGAUAAGGAUAUGAAUAUUAAGCUGGCUGAUUUUGGCUUUAGUAAUCAUUACGAGGAGGGCAGUCCUCUGCGCACAUGGUGCGGUUCUCCUCCUUAUGCCGCUCCCGAGGUUUUUCAGGGCCUGGAAUACGAUGGACCCAAGUCGGAUAUAUGGAGUUUGGGCGUUGUGCUCUAUGCGCUUGUCUGUGGCGCGUUACCCUUCGAUGGCAAGACCAUAUUGGAGCUGAAAAGUCGCGUUGUGUUGGGUAAAUUCCGAAUACCCUUUUUCAUGUCCCAAGAAUGUGAACAUCUCAUUAGGAAUAUGCUGGUUGUGGAGCCGGAUCGUCGUUAUACCAUCAAACAGAUCAUCAAGCAUCGCUGGCUGAGCGAUUGGCAAGCGGAGCUGCAGCAGGAGGAGCGCUUGGAGGCCACAACGUUGCCAUUUGGAGCAAGCGGAGUGGGAGCAACCACACAGUUAUCCAACUCCAAUUCCCUCACCGGUUCGACGUCAUCGUUGGCUGGCAUUGAGGCUGGAGAAGCUGCCACCGCACCACAACUCGAUGCUGUGGUCAUGACGCACAUGCUCCAGUUGCCCGGAUUGACGGCGGACAUGAUUGCGCAAUCGGUGCACGAGCAACGCUUCGAUAACAUCUAUGCCAUAUAUAAUCUGCUGCAGGAUAAGCUGCUGCAGAAACGACGCGAAAACCAAAGACUGCAGCAUCAUGCUAACCUGGCCUAUUCGAGAUCCCGCAAGACCAGCAUCACCACCGGCAUUGUGGAUCGCUCAGAGCCCGUCAAACAGGAGUCCCUCGAUCGUCUCAGUCCCCUCAGCAAUGCGAAUGCCUCCAAUUCAACGCUGGGAUUCGGCUGGUGUGCCGAUGUAGGUGUCGAUCUCGAAAAGUAUGGCGACUUUGAGCUCGAGUGCCUGGCGCGAACCAACGAGCCACCUCUUAAUCCGCAGCAUCUGAGCGCCACUGCGGGUGGUGUCAGCGGUGCCAACACACGACGGCAUACAGUGGGACCAGGGGAUGUGGCACAUGAGCAGGCGCUGGCCAAUCCUCAUGUGCCUCCGAUCGACUUCAAGUGUGCGCCGCAGUGCAACGAUGCGGGCCAGGCCACGCCCUACUAUCCCAUGAAUCUACCCAUGUUGCAGAAUCAGCCGCUGCACAAUUUGACCAUCAAGGAUCAGCAUCUGCUAAAGCCGCCCGUUGUCAUGGGUGCCAGUUCCUUCGGACGUCGUGCCUCGGAUGGUGGUGCCAAUCUGCAUAUAUAUUAUCCCGCCAGUGUUCCAGUCGGUGGCAAUGCGGCAGCUGUUGCAUCUGGGCAGCAAAUGGACACCUCUGGUUACUACAUGAAUGCCAGUCUGAAUGCCACACCCGGCACCACAGAACUAUCGCCUCUAAACGAACAGUCAACGGGUCAACUGCAUUGUUGUCCCGAAAACAACGGCGAAGAGUGCAGCGAGGAAAUCCAACGUUACAUGCAGAAACGCGGCUGUGUCAAACGCCACACGGUGGGCUGCACCGAGGAUCUCUCCGUCAGCCACAGUCCAGGAGACUUGGGUCACCUACAGGUGCCACCGGGUGGUCAGCCACAGCCGCCCAGUGGCAGUGGCUCCGCUGGUGGCAACAUGCGCACUCGACGCACGGGUCUACUCACCGUCACGGAACGACCGCCAGUCAUUUGCCCCGAGCUAAUACGCGAAGUUGAAUCUCGCAUGAAUCGCGACUAUUUGCCGCCCACACUCAAAUCUCUGAGUCAAUCCCCGCCCAAUGCGCCCAACUUUGGUCUGCCCAUGGGCGUAGGCAUGGCGGCUGUUACAGUGGGGGGCAUAUCAGUUGUCCAAUCGCCACAUUUACUGCCAUUAAGUGCCGCUGGUGGCAGCAACUCGGUGCCACUUGUUGUGGCACCCUCAGCGGCGGCAAACAAUCGACGCGCCUAUCGCGCUGCCCACUGUAAAUUGCCCACUGUGCAGGAGGGUGCGACCAUAGGACGCUACAGUCCCGUGCGUCGCGCCUCGGAAGGUUCGCGUUCACAGUUCCAGGGACCGCUGCAGGAAUGCCAAUCUUUGCAAAAAGGUAUCGCACAGAGAAAUUUUUUGGUUGCACCAAGUCCGCCGCUUUUAGAAAAUUCGAUCAGUCUGCCAGCUUCUCCCAUACAUGGCAAACCGACGAACCUGCAGCUGGCUUUGAGACGAGGUCAUGACAUUGAGGUGCCACCGGAGGCGAUCAAGAGUUUGAUGCCCGCCUUGGAUCGCUUGGUGAAGGAGCAACGUGUCAGCUUUGAGAUCGCCAACAAGAUAAUCUCAUCGAAUGUGGUGCCCAUUGAUUUGGCACCUCAACUGGGACUGGCUGCACAUGCGGCAAGUGCAGCGGUUAGCGGUGGCCAUUUGGAUCAAUCGCAUCUGUUGCAUCAACAGCAGCCGAUGCACAGCUAUAGCGUCUCGCCGUUGAACUUGCCACAUGGCCCGAAUGCCUCAUUGACCUCUGCGAAGCAGAUGUUUGGUCAGCCCAUCUGUGGUUAUCCGACCAUGACGGGAUUAACGCUUCCACUGCAACCCCAACACUUGGUGGGUCAAUUCAGCAGCAUCAAUUUGGGGGCAAGCAACUCGAACAACAGCAGCGGCUGCCAAUCGCCUGUCUAUUGCAACAGCAUCAGCAACAGUGGCAGCGGAUUCAGUGGCAGCUGCUCCCCCAAUCCCAUUCCCUAUUUGCCGGGAACAGGACCAUUUAAUCCCUGUGCCGGCAGCUCCUCACCGCUGCAUCAGAUUACCAAGGGAAUCUCCGGUCUCAGCACAGGUGGUGCAGGUGGUUCCAUAACGCGUGGCACCUCUGCCGCCAGCGAGGGAGUCGCCGCUGCUCAGCAGCCCUUGGAUCUGUCCAUGGAUGUGUGCAGUGUCAGUGUGAUGGGGGAACAGCCAGCGGAUUAUGGCACACCCAAUUGGUUUAUGCCCACGACAGCGUAUUACGAUCUGAAGCCAUUGAAUCUGUCGCCAGCUCAGCCAGUGCGUGUGGUGCCCACGCCUCCAGCCUCGCCCAAUCUGUGCAUUAUCCAGGAGGAGAAUGGCAACGGUCAGAUGUGUCAUACGAUUAGCACGGGAACACCUUAUGCCGGCUGCACGGGCGGCAUUACGCCACAGAUUUGCCUCACCGAUGUCCAGGGCAGUGAGAUCACCCUGGUGGCUCUCUCCUCGGACAACAGUCGCGACAGCGAGGACUCCCUGGAACCGCAUACGCCCAUCAUGUCCCUGCAGGGUCUGAUCAUCACGGAACCCAGUAGUGAUAUGCCUUCCAUCACUCGUGGAAUCGGACGCAAGGCGAGUUUGGACUGUGAGCACGGAAAUUCGAAUCAUGCGUCGAGCAGUUGCAAUGCGAGUGCGAAUUCGAGUUCGAAUGCGAAUGCGAAUGCGGAGGCGCAUAGGCGUGGCAGUGAUAAAUCGCUGGGAUUCUCGGAUGAUUCGCUGAGCAACGAUUCGAAUAAUCUGUCGCCAUCGUGCCAGGAGCCGUCGGCCAGUUCCGGCUUCAAGUCCGACUCACAUUCCGAAAUGGGGGAUCACACAGAAUGUGGACACUUGACGCCCGAUUCCAUGUGCGAUUCACGUCGCAUGUCGGAUGAAAUGUGCUACGAGGUGCCGCUGCCACAUGAAUGCUCCAAUUUGGAUUCAACGCGCAUACUCGAGAUGGUCAAACAAACGAUUGACUCGACAAUGCCGCCCAAGGGAUUUGUGCUCCAUAAGGGGAGUAUAAGCUCCGAGGACAGUGGCGCCGAGUCCCGACACAGCAGCGCCUCCAAUGCCUCCAGCGAAGUGACUGCCAAUCCCAAUCCAAUGCCAGCAACUGUCUGCAACUAUGGCGAACCCACCACAAAUCUCAGCCUGGAGUACUCGGGGGGACUGCAGAUCGAGCUGCAGGUGUGCGAGGGUCGCAGUCGGGAUCAUCAUGGUGCCGCCAAGGGCAUCAAAUUGCGUCGCAUUUCUGGAGAUCAAUUCGAGUAUGGGAAGAUUUGUCAGCAAUUAAUCAGCACGAUAACCAUGCAACAGGUGGCGGGCUAAAUGAAGGACAGCCGGACUGUCCACCUGCCCAACACACCUGUGUGUGCGUGUGCGUGUGUGUGUAUGUGUGUGUCCUCUGUAUUCUUCAAAGCAAAUUCACAUAAAUGACUCGCCUUGCCUAUAAACUCUGCAUAGCUGUGAUUUAAACCAACAUAUAUAUAUAUUCAAUAUAAUAUAUUUAUCCUUGUAAAACUAUCUAUGUGAGUCUCUCUCUCUCUCUGUGUUUGUGUGUGUGAGAGUGUUUGGUUAAAGCCUGUAAACGAAUCAAACAGUCGACAUUAAGCAAUUCAAAAGAUAAAGAAAUAUUAUAUCUUGAAUUUGACUCUAUUUUAAUAUUUUAAAUUAAUAACUCAAUCAAAAUUCAAUUAAAAACGAUGGCGAGCGUUUCAUACACACACACCCACACACUCCAGACAACCACAUAGAUAUUGAGUGUAGAGUGCAAAAAGCGGCAGUUUAUUGAAUUUUGAAACCAGGAAUCUUGUACUGUUUUUCAGAAAACGAACGGCUCAAAACAUGUUAAAUGCAUUCCAGUAGCAAAUUUUUAUUGUUCAUACAUUUUUCAGACGUUCUAGCUAUAUCAAACUACGAGUAUCUAAUAUGUAGAACUAGAUAAAAACAAACAAAAACUAAUGUAAUUUUUACUCUGUGCAAUCCGAUUACAACAAACAGACAAAUAUGUAUAGCGCUCAGAUUGCACGAUUUCAAAUUUAAACACUUUGUUUCUAUAAAUAUAUCUAUGAUAUAUGAUAUGCUAAUGAUAAAAACUAGUGUCUGUAGUUAGUAUGCAGUUUUUGCUCCGUUAUAUUGUAAGCAAUAUUUGUAAGUUCUUUGAUUCCGUUAAAUUUUAAAAAUAGAAUAAUAAUUCUUUUAUGUAUGUAGAAAAACUUUGUUCAUUUGUUAAUGGUUAGAAAAGGCGCCUUUGAUAUGCGUUCAAAUUGAUUAAACACAAAUUGAGAAAUCUAUUAUUAAAAGACUGCUGUGAUUU